AUUUACAGUUAAAUAAACAGCGCCCUCUUGCUUGUCUUAUUACACUAUUCAAGAUGGCGCUGCCCAUAGACCAGAAAGAAUAUCUCAAGCGGUAUUUGUCCGCUGAGCCGGAAGAUUCAAAGAAGAAAAAGCGACGAAAGAAAGUAAAAACUGCCAUUAAAGUGACCCGCACGUUUACCAUUGUUGAUGAUGAUGUGGACAUCAGAGCAUUAGCCCCAUCCUCUGAAAAACAAGAUGAUAUCGACAACCCUCUCAUGGACGAUGAAAUUCCUCUCGUUGCUGAAGUCAUUGAUGAGCGACCCAAGGAUGAAGUCAUUCUGGAGCAGUAUCGGACAAGCAACAAAUGGAGGACAAUGGGAGACGAUGACCAAUCCCGAGGCAGUAGACAUGCUGACAAGCAUUCUAUCUCCCGCGACAGAAAGUCUAGUCCUGCUACUGGGCAACGGAGAAGGCCACGUCAUGAUUCCUCUGACUCGGACUUGUCCCCAGAGAGGAACUCAGGCUCCAGAAGAGGUGAUACCAGGGGUGAUAGACUCUCUGCCAGACCUGCAAGGCAUGACUCUGACUCUGACCUGUCACCACCGAGGAAAGGACAGGACGGAAGGGGUGACACAAGGGAUGGAAGACCCUCUGAAAGACCAGUAAGGCAUGAUUCUGAUUCCGAUCUGUCACCACCGAGGAAAGGACAUGACAGAAGGGGUGACACAAGGGGUGAUAGACCAUCUUCCAGACCAGCAAGGCAUGAUUCUGACUCUGAUCUGUCACCACCCAGGAAAGGACAGGACAGAAGGGGUGAUAGACCUUCUGCCAGACCGUCAAGACAUGAUUCUGACUCUGAUCUGUCACCACCCAGGAAAGGACAGGACAGAAGGGGUGACACAAGGGGUGAUAGACGCUCUGCCAGACCAGCAAGGCAUGAUUCUGACUCUGAUCUGUCACCACCCAGGAAAGGACAGGACAGAAGAGGUGAUAGACCUUCUGCCAGACCGUCAAGACAUGAUUCGGAUUCAGAUCUGUCACCUCCUAGGCAGAAACACAGACAAAACCCAGACUUUGACUUAUCUCCUGCUCGGCAGGCUACCCCCAGGAAGGGUAGGGAGAGACCAGAGGCUGACUCUCCAAGAAAAAGGGAAGACUCCCAAGCAAGAACUUCAAAGGCCGUGAGUGGGAACAGCAAGCGUGCGGAGAAGACAUUGUCAGGAACAACAGCUGGUCUCUCAGAUGCCAAGUCCAUGCGGCGAGAAAACCAAGAAUCCAGACGCCGUGAUGCUGAUAUGUAUUCCAAGAUGGCUGACGAUGUGUCAGGGAAGAACGCAAAAACUGUGUUUCGAGACAAGUCUGGCAGACUGAGGGACCUGGAUUCGGAGAAACGGCAGAAGCGCGAAGAGGACGCCAAGAAAGCACAAGAGGACCAGAAAUUUGUUGAGUGGGGAAAAGGACUCACGCAAAGCGCACAGCAGAAGGAGUUGGCGCAAAAUGCUCUGCACGAGAUGGACAAGCCCCUUGCUCGUUACCGUGACGACCAAGACCUGGAUGACAUGCUAAAGGGAGCAGAGCGAGAGGGAGACCCCAUGAUGGCUUUCCUGAAGAAGAAGCAGACCAAGACACAAGCAGCCAUGGGGGUUAAAGCCAAACCUAAGUACAAAGGCCCCCCACCUCCGCCGAAUCGCUUCAACAUCAUGCCAGGUUACCGCUGGGAUGGUGUGGACAGAUCCAACGGUUUCGAGAAGAAAGCCUUCGUGCGCCAGGCGGACAAGAAGGCAACAAAGGAAAUUGCCUACAAAUGGAGUAUUGAGGAUAUGUAGUCAGUGAAUUCUGUGGUGCAAGAAGUCAUUUUUACAAGCAGCAGCUGGCAGUAACUUCAGUCCGAGGGUGUCGCUAGAAGUGGGAUCUGGGGGUGGGGGGGGGGGGGUGUUUACACCCCAAUCAUUAUUCUUUUGUGUCGGCAUAAUCAAUCUCCUUAAGGCAAAAUCACUCUCCUAGAGGCAAAAUCGUAUGUCUGUAGGCAAAUAUGCCGUAAUGAAUAGUGUCACCUGGAAUGCGUUCGAUUACUUCCCCCAGCUUACUCGCGCCUGGCUCCUGGCAUGAUGACAGACCUGUGCAGUGGAGCUAAAUAACAAACGAUGUCGGGUAAAGUUUCGUACAAGAGCUGGAAAGUUGAACUUUGACAUGACACAGGCUGCAUCCAAAUCAACUGUCUAGAGCUAGGUCUAGGUCCACGUCCAUUGAAAAUGCGCGGGGAUGUGCUGACAAUAGACGUAGCCGUAGCUCUGGAAGCCCGUUUUG